GCUGACUCCAGUGUUGUGAUCCAGCCCUCGCCAGUGCUGGUGACCCUGCCGGGACCAAUCCUCAGCUCCUUCCCGCAGAGCACAGCCGUGGGCUCCACCGCUUCAGCUGCCGUGGGAAGCUCUCUCAGCGCUGCCAGCGUGCCCAUCGCUUCUGGAGGCGCCCUGG